UAUAGCUUUGCAGCUUCACUGAUCGCACUGGACUUUGUUAGUGAUCACUUACCCUCAGUUUUGCACAGUGUCCUCGGAGUAAGAAUCUUUUUGUGGAAUAGCUUCAGAAUUAUAUUGUGAACAACCAUACUAAUUACUGACGCGUGCACAUCCCGAGCAGCAUGAAGCUGCUACUACUGCUAUGCUUCCUCCUGGAGGCGGUGACAUGUCUGUCACCGCAGGCCGGAGGGGCGAUGAUGAACAUGGCUAUGAUCACCGACCUCGAUGUUAUUUGCGAUAAGGCCGGCAUGACGGUCACCAUCGAUUUCUCUCAACCCUUCAACGGAAUAAUCUUCAGUAAAGGAUAUUACUCGGACCCUGCAUGUCGAUACGUGGAGCACAACAGUGCACGCAGCUCAUACGGUUUCCGUAUUUCACUGGACACUUGCGGCACGGCGGUCGAAGAAGGCGAUGACGUGUCACUCUUCAACACCAUCGUCAUCCAGUUCGAUCCGUUGGUCCAGGAAGUUUGGGAUACAGCUCGGCGCAUAUCUUGUUCCUGGAGGAACAACUACAGCAAACAAGUGAAUUUCAAGCCCUUGAGCAUUGCAAUGCUCGAUGUCGUACGCAGUGACUUCAAGGGAGAGCCAUUGAAAUGCUGGAUGGACAUCCGUCGUGGCAUUUACCCAAACACCCGUCCUUUGGAAGGAGUACUGCCCAUAGGAGAAGACGUGUCCGUCAUGGUCUUCCUCGAGGACAAAGAGAAAAGAAUGGACGUGGGUGUGAGAGACUGCUGGGCCCUUCCCUCCGAUGACUUCGAUGACAGAAACUUGCCUCGAGUGCAGCUAACAUCGUUCGAUGGCUGCCCUCUGAAGGAAAAAUUGAUGGGCAACUGGCAGAGCCGCUACGAAGAAUCUGGUGCGGGGUCGACACUCGUAACUUAUAGCAAACUUUCUGCUUUCAAGUUCCCCGACUACCCGCAGAUCUACCUUACCUGUAACGUCGAGAUCUGUCAAAACGAAUGCGAAAAAACUUGUGUUUCGAGGCCUACGAGACCUACGACUGAAGUCCAGCCAUACACAACUCCCAGGACUGAGUUGGCAAAACUCGAAUGCUAUCCGGGAUCACCAGAUCCUGCUUGUCGCGAGAAAUCAGCUGAAAAUUGGUGUAAGACUCGCAAAAAUCACCCCAAGUGCAAGAAAAAAGAGCAGCCAGGACUUCCACGAUGUAUUGAAAAUCCAAAUGAUCCAAGAUGCUUGACAGAGAGAACACCAAAAUGUGAGAAUGGAUCAACAGAUCCGAAGUGUCGAGGGCAAUUUAUUUCAAUUGAUAAUUGCUACCCAGAUUCCACUGACCCCGCAUGCAACAAAGAAACGCCGAAAUCCAAUUGUUACCCAGGUAUCAAUGACCCGGCUUGCAGGCCUGAAAUAAUUCCGCUAAAUUGCAAUCCAGGGUCUCCUGAUCCACUUUGCUUAAAACCCAAAACUUCCGAUGAGUUCACAUGUAAACCUGGCUCAAGUGAUGUACGAUGCCGUCCUCCUGAACCAACCGUAGUUGAUUGCUCGACAAAUCCAUUCAGCCCAGAAUGUGCAGUAGAAAAAGAGCCUAGCGUUAUACCUUUUGAUUGCUCUAAGAAGUCCACAGACUCUCGAUGUAGGCAAAGUAUUAAUAUAAUAAAAUGUGAGCCGGGCUCAGAAGAUCUAUCUUGUGUGGAAACAAUAGAGCCAAAAAUUCCUGAAACCUCAAUUUUGGAUAAAACUAGCUGCAGGCCAAACUCAAAUGAUCCCGGUUGCUCCGGGGUGAAUGUCUUCAAAAUUCCGGCAUACAGUCUUGUCGUUCCAGAUACCCCCCUUCAAGUUCUAUGUCCGCCCGGUUCAACAGAUCCCAUAUGUAAAGUUCAAGAACAAAAAAUUAGCUGCAUCUUAAACCCUGAAUUACCAGACUGCAUCCCAGUUGUGACGCAGUCGUCUUUCACAAAGCCUGAAGGAUGCUACAUAGGAUCAAAAAAUCCCGAAUGUACAAAAGCUCACAGAGAAUCAACAUUCUUAACGAAACCAACAGAACGACCAUUUACGUAUGCCACUACCACCCCACAAGCACCUGUUCAAGUGAAAUGCAUCCCUGGAAUAACAAGUCCUAAUUGUCCACAAUUGGUUCCACUCACAAUAAAGAAAUUGAUUUGCUCCCCAGGUACUACAGACCCUCGUUGUCCUGAGUACACUCAAGUGCCUCAAAUUCCCAUACCAGAAAUUAUUGAAACACUUGAGCAACAAUGCUUACCAGACUCAAAAGAUUCUAGAUGCAAUCUGCCGAAAGUACCCAAAAGGCCACAAGAAAUUGACUUAUGCUUGGAAAAUCCAAAUGAUCCUUUAUGCGAGAACGAAUCAUAUUGCAAGAGAAAUCCUUCUGACCUUCGAUGCUCAAAACUUACGGAACCUCAGCCUCCACUUCCCGUCACAGUUGCGCCCGUAGGACCUAUCCCACCUAGGCUACAUCCCCAAACUCCAUUCCCCCCACGCUCUUUCCCUUCUAUCCCACUGUUUACUACACCGACGUAUCGCAUUCCUCAAGAACCCUUUUUACUUUCGACUCUGGCCCCCAAAAUUCCAUUUUCACCUCCACCAGUAACUGAGGUAACUGCAGUCAUCACUUCAAGGCCACAAAUCACACAACCUCGACCAUUUGUCCCAAAAUUUAAGGCUCCGACGUUUCCAUCUACAACGGAGAAGCUAAAAGUAGAGAGACCUCCAAUAUAUACUCCACCCCGCGAGUCGACCAUUCUAACGACGCCCUCUUCAAGGAUUCCCUCUACAACCCUUCCCACAAGAAGUCGACAGCCAACUUCCCAGUCAACCACUACUACUUACCGACCUCUGAAAACCGCACCUGUAUACUUACCACCUGUUACUACACCCAUUAGUGUUUUUACUGUAGGAACAUUACCUCCGGCAAGGAUAGAACCUCCUCGCAAGGCAGUGCCUCCCAAAAUAACACCUGUUUUCCCUCCGACGUUCCCACCGGCUCCUGCUCCUCCUCCUAUCAUAGUUGACGUGUCCCCUCGUUGUGAGGUUGGUUCUACAGAUCCAAAAUGCGUUCGAGAUGAUAUACGCUUAGAUUGUUCAUUAAAUCCACUAAAUCCCCGUUGCACAGCGCCAGAUGAAUGUCCUCCAGGCUCAAAAAGACCUGAAUGUAUUUCAAGACUUCCAGAACCCCACGUGACUUGUGAAAACAACCCUAAUAACCCACUCUGUCAAAAAGUUAAAAAACCGAUUGAAAUGAAUAUCGAUGUGCUUGAUAAGCCAAGGGAUCCAUCACAACCUUUGUCAUGCUCAGAAAAUCCUCAGGAUUCAAGAUGUAAGGAAAGAGUUUAUCCAAAGCGUCCCAUCGAGCCUCAUCCAAUUGUACCAAGCCUUUCUCAGCGUCCGACUGAAAAAUGCGCCAAUCCAAACGAACCUGGUUGUGGUCCACCAGUAGAUCAUCGCAGACCAUGCAGUCCAGGGUCUACAGACUCCGGGUGUGCUAUUGAUUUAAAAACUACUCAAACCGUUGUACCAGAACUUCCUAAGCAGUUCAGGCCUCCACAGAAAAUAAAAGAAAAAACACAAAUAAAAGAAAACCACCCCCCACCAGUGUUCCCGCCAAUAAUUCCUCCAUUAACGGUUGAGCCAGACAUUCCUUUUAAUAAAGAAAAUCUAAUACCAACUCGUCCAAGUGUUCUUCGACCUUCAACGACGCCAAAAUAUGAAAUUGAAGCCCCAACUAUUCCUGUUGAACCCAUCAGGCCCUCUUCUGUUCCGAAAGUUCCUUUGGUCCCUGAGGGUGCGGAUAAAAUAUCCCCUGAUCGGAGCACAUCGAGACCUCAAAUUACUCAGAGGCCUUCACAGCCUAAAAAAGUAGUCCCUCCAGCUAGACCGACAUAUGCACAAACACCGCCAAGCGUCCCCGUGUUUCCUCCAAAGUUCCCAAGUCGUCCAAGGCCUUCGUUGCCAUCUUCCAAAAUUACUCCAUCACGCUUUGGAUCUCGGACGACGACUGCUAAACCAGUAGAGAUACCAGAUUUCCCUCCUUUCCCAAUAGAACCUUAUACCCCAUUAGAAGUAAUCAUUGAUGAAAGACCGGUUGCCCCUGUCGUUAUUCCUGAAAAACAACCACGUCCCCAAAGGCCAGAAGAUACAGAGAAAAUUCACCAAUUCAAAGAAAGUGGUGAACUACCACCAAGUCCGAAAAAACCUUCGGUGCCGUUCUUCUCCGUUGCUUCUAAGCCAACAACACAAAAAUAUGAAAGACCUACAUCAUGGAGACCUAUUAAUAAGGUGCCAGUGACCACCUCUCGUGUUCCGAGUUCCUCCACCCAGAGAUAUUUGCGUUCCACCACCUCUGCCACGCCCACCGUAUCUAGGCGAUAUCCCACUACUACUCAAUCGACCCCUGAUUUUAGUAGGAGGCCGCUGACUUCACGUCGUCGUCCACAGCCACCCCGUAAAAAAGAAAGCGAAGAAGUUACUGAACAAAGACCUCAUAAAUUCCCCCCCGAGUCUCUGCCAGUACCCGUCACUAAACGACCACAACCCAUUCUGCAGAGGGAAGAAAGUAGACCAAUUACAUCGGACACAAAAAAAGCAAAACCAAAACCUCGACCAAAGGAAAUGAUGCACGGCAAGGACGAUUUUCAUGGCAAAGGAAUGGAUCCCAGAUACCAUGCCUUCCAUUCGUAUUUGUUCCAGCCACUUCCGCGACCACGCAAGAGGAGUCGCCGUGGGCUGCCGGACUCUAGCAUCCUCGUGACCGUGGGUGGCAAAAAGCUGACAGUGGUCGCCAGCCAGGAUGGUGAAGAGGCUUCAACUUUUUCAAAUAUCGAGCGUGGCACCCCGUACAUCGUGGAAAAAGAUGGAGCGUUAGUGAUUCCUGACAAAACAGGCGUGCCGUUCCAUACAUACCUUCUAUCAGACGCUGAGUCGUUGGUCGAAGAAGUACCAAUUAAUGAUGAUUAUGACUUCAUUACUUACUCCUCUUCAGAAAUUCAAACUAGCAUAAAAAACCUCGACAAUGAAUUCGAUGAACCCACCACUAUUUCCGAAAAUAAUAUCCCGGCGGGUUCGUUUAAUUUCGUAUUGGGUCUCACAACACUAGUAAUAAUAUUUAUCACGGUAAUGGUUGUCGUCAUAUCUUCAAGAAAGCGAAAACGCAAUAAAGAGGAUACUCUAGAGCUCUAGUCUUACUAAUUCAGAUAGUGGAAAUAAAGACAUGACAAGUGUAAUGGACUUCAGGAGACUUGUGGAACCUUCCCGCUCUUGGGUAUAUAGAAAUUUAACAGUCUAUCAUCUCAUCUCAGCAUUUCCCUAACUAUGAUCUUUGCCGAAAGCUAUCAUAAAAUUCUGUACGAAAUUUACUCGUACGUAUAUUGAUCUUAUAUGAUUUUUUUCUCGUCAUAAGUCGCUUUUUUCUCUAGCACACCAAAGUAUCACAAAUGUUGAAAAUUGUGAAAUAAUAUUAAUAUAUUAGAAAAGUAUUAAAAUAAAAAUGUUUGUAAAUAUUGUCGGCCUGUGAGCAUGCUUCAGAUUUGCACAUGCGUACUAAUGUGUGAUGUAAAAUAGUUCAAAAGAAGAAUAUAUUGUACAUGAAAAACAUAUUAAUAAUCAAACAUAGGCUUUAAUUUUUUUGAAGACUUUUGAAUUGUUGAAUUCAUGAAUAUUAUUGUUGUUUAGAAAUUAAGUAGUUAAGAGAAGAGUCAUAUUCGUGGCCCUGCUGCCAUGGGUAUUUCCCCCACUAGACGAGGCCGCCUCGCUUGCGCCCGUCUUGCUGUCAUAAAUUCAUGCAAAUUGUGCAUCAUUUAUUAUAAGAUGUUUAUAGACGUUUAAUGGAAUUACUGUAAUAAAAUCUUUAAUAAUAAAUUCAAUGUAAUG